GAGCCUCCCUGCAAGUAGAAGCCCAACAGCAGAGUUCUGGCCUUUUGCUGGUCAAGAGUGCAUUGGGAGAGCUGAGUUCAAGUCCUCCGCUCAUUCCCAUGAUGCUCACCGGAUGACCUUGGACCCUUCAUUCUCCCGCAGCAUAUCCCUACCUCACCGGGUUAUUGGGAGAAUUAAAAUAUCGGUGGGAAGGAACCAUGUGAGCUGUUUGGAGGGAAAUAAAUAGAUGAUGAUAAUAUAUACAAGAGAGAUGGCUUUGUGGCUGAAGCACAAUUAUGGCAGUUUGUAGGCUAAGGCCUGGCUUGGCCUGGAUGCUGGACAGCCUCCGCUGGAACAGAGCUUUCCUGGCACCUUUACCAUGCAGAAGUUGCAGCCACACUUGUUCCUCUCCGGCAGAGAAGCAGCGCACCUAUUGGCAAUAUCUGCGGCGCAAAGUCUUGAAACCUCCCACCCCACCCUACAGCCACGUCUGCCAGGUGGGGGACCCCAUUCUGCGCUCCUUGGCUGCCCCCGUGGAGCCCUCACAGAUUGCCAGUGGUGAGGUGCAGACCCUCAUCCGUACUCUGGUUCGCGUGAUGAGGAAAGAACAAUGUGUGGGUCUCAGUGCUCCUCAAGUGGGCGUGCCACUCCAGAUCUUUGUGGCUGAGUUCCCCGAGAGGCUCUUCUAUGAGCACACCCCCAGCAUGCGCCAGGCUUGCCAGAUGGCCCCCUUCCCCCUGCAUGUGGUAGUGAACCCAUCCAUGAGGGUGCUGGACUCCCAACUGGUCUCUUUCCCCGAGGGCUGUAAAAGCAUCAGUGGAUUCUCUGCUUGCGUCGCCAGAUACCAAGCCGUGGCAGUUUCCGGUCUGAAUGAAGUUGGGGAGCAGUUUAGCUGGCCGGCAAGUGGCUGGGCAGCCCGCAUCAUCCAGCAUGAGAUGGACCAUCUGCAGGGUGUGUUGUAUAUUGACAAGAUGGACAGCAGGACCUUUGUGAAUCUGCAGUGGGAACAGCUAAAUGAAUGAAGCAGGACUGGGCCCAGGGGGGCGGGAAGCGAGAGGCCACUUUUUCUCUGCCUGCUGUUCCUAAGUAUGUCCAAACCAGUGAAAGGGGCAAUAGAAAGAGAAGGUGGACACUUCCAAUGUGAGGGGGUUCAAUGAUGUUUUUACUGCUUGACAUCUUUACUUUCCCUAUUUGUGGCAUGAGGAGAGGAAGCUGGGCAGGUAAGCUGGGCAUAAGCAUGCCCUUUCCCCACCCCACAUGGUGCUGCAGGAGUUUUUUGGGGUUUUUUUUUUGGGGGGGGAAUACUAAGAAAGCAGAAGCUGUUAAAGGGUAGCAAUUCAGUAUCUUUCAACUGCUGCACAGCAUUCUCUUGGCCAGUGCACUGUACAGUACCUUAAAGGAAAAUGGCUUUGUCCAAUUUCAACCAGUGGAAGCUCCAAACAGAACCCCUCCAAAGCAACCCUAAACAACUUGAUCAUCUACUAAUGGAGCCUAUCUCCAGCCGCUCAUUUGAGGUGGGGGGGGGGGCAAAAUUCAAGAAGAAAAAGCAGUGAGAUGGCCUUCUCCAACUUCUACCUUGACUAGUGAAGUAAGCUAACAUGCGGGAAGGUGAGCAAACACUUGUUAAAAGCAACAGACACCAACUAAAACUGCAUAGCAAUUCACAAUAAAAAGGCAUUGACCACCUCUUCACCUGUAAUACCUCGCCAUGUUUUACUUCACAACAUAAUACGUAACUGUAUUUUAGUAAUGUUUUAAGUUGUCUGUUUUUGCUUCAGUCUUCUGUACACCGCUUACAGAUAUUUUUAAUAGAUUAAGCAGUAUAGAAAUUAAACAAUCAACUCAUAAAAUAAA